AUGGUUUGUGGCAAAGUACAGAUAAGUAAUAUUUGCAUUGCAGUUGACAGUUCGCAUCUGUAUUCAGUGGAACGUGAUGGUAGCAGUCAGUAUUUGCAUCGUUCGAAGAUGCUUUCCUUUGGCGGUGUUGUGGUUGUUUUUGUUGUGGCGAUGAAUUGGAAAUUGGAGCAGUUCCUAGUGACGAAUGAAGUUGCAAUAGUGAGAGCCGAAUCGCCGACGUCAAAACCGAUGAACUCCAGCUUAGCACCGCUCAAAGGCGUGCUACGUCCGGGUCCUGUAUCUGAUCAUGAACGUUCCUCGUACAGAAACAUCAGGCGACUUUUCGAGGAACGGCAACGAAAACUUGACGCAAAUAAGGUAAGAUCGCCGUUAGAGAGUACGAUGAAUUGGAAAAUGUUGCUGAAUACGGUUCUGCUUUAA